AUGCCUCGCUUCGAAGACGCUGACUUUGCGGUCGAAUCUGCUCCGCGCAGCACUCGCCCUGGCCUCUCGCGUCAGGGCUCUGGCCUGCCCAUUCCCGGCAAUGGCGACAACACCAUUGAGAUCCCCGCCACCCGCAGCUCCAUCAGCGAUGCCGCAGCCCUCAUGCACAAUCUCAGCCUGUCCCCCUCCAUGAAGGACCGCCGGGGCUCGCGCAACUCCUUUGGCACCUCUCUCCCCAUCCCGCGCUCGCCGCGUCACUCCCGCUUGUCGCAGCAGCGCCCCCAUCCCUCCGUCUCGCGGGACAUUCUGGCCUCGCAGGUGCAGGACAUGUCCAAGGAGAAGGUGGCCACUGCCAAGAACAUGGCCUUCGCCUUCGACAUUGACGGUGUGCUGGCCCACGGCAACGAGCCCAUUGAGGAGGCCAAGGAGGCGUUGAAGAUGCUCAAUGGCGACAACGAGUUGGGUAUCAAGAUUCCCUACAUUCUGCUCACCAACGGUGGUGGUAAGACCGAGGUCGCCCGCUGCGAGCAGCUCUCACAGAUUCUGGAGGUCCCUAUCUCCACCGACCAGUUCAUCCAGUCGCACACCCCCAUGCAGGCUCUGGCAGAGUACUACGAGACUGUUCUCGUGUGUGGUGGUGAGGACUACAAGGUCCGCGAGGUUGCCGAGACCUAUGGCUUCAAGAAUGUCGUGCAUCCCAAGGACAUCCUGGCCUGGGACCCCACGGUCUCGCCCUGGCGCUGCUUCACGGAGAAGGACCGCGCAGACGCGAAGCCUCGUGACUUCUCCAAGAUGAAGUUCGACGCCAUUUUGGUCUUUGCCGACUCCCGCGACUACGCCACUGACAUGCAACUCAUCAUUGACUUGCUUCUGGCCGAGGACGGCAAGCUUUUGACCCGCGCGAAGGACCCCGUCGCCAGCCGUAUCCCCAUCUACUUCUCCCAGGGUGACCUGGUCUUCCCCACCGACCACAAGGGCCCGCCCCGUUUGACCCAGGGUGCCUUCCGCAUCGCCAUUGAAGCCCAGUACAAGGCCCUGACCGGCGUGGACCUGGAGCGUGUCGUCUACGGCAAGCCCGAGCGCGCCACCUACACCUACGCCGACGAGGUGCUCAAGUCGUGGAUGGAGCAGAUCCACAACGAGAACAAGCUGCCCCAGAACGUCUAUAUGGUCGGUGACAACCCGCAGUCCGACAUUAUCGGCGGUAACAUGUACGGCUGGAACACCUGCCUGGUCCGCACCGGUGUCUUCCAGGGCAAGGAGGGCGAGAACGACGCCAACAACCCGGCCAACUUCGGUGUCUUCGACAACGUCUUGGAGGCUGUCAAGGCGGCUGUCUGCAAAGAGCUGGGCCAGGAGUUCAAGCUCAAGUGGAACCCGAAGGUCAACCCCGUCCUCAGCGGCGACGGUGCCUCGGCCGUUGAGUAA